AUGGGAAGUGCAAGGAUAGGAGGUGUGGUACAUGGUUGGAAUAGAUCUAUUGUUCUUGCCUAUGCUGGACCUAUCGGAAUUACUAUAGCCAAUAUGGUACAGUUUAGUGCCGUGCUCAAAGGACUACUCAUUAUUAAAGCCAUGAAUUUGGGUUAUGAUAUUUUAGUUGAAGGUGACUCCCAAAAUGUGAUUCGGUGGUGCAACAAAGAUCAACGAGUUCCUUGGCUGUUGCAUUCGAUUUGGGUCCAAGUGGUGAAACUGGAAGGAGAGUUAUCUUUAUCAUUUCAUCACGUCUAUGGAGAAUCGAAUAGUCUUGCGGAUGGUUUGGCUAAAAGACGUGUGGCUAUGGAGUUAUUUUCUAUUUUGAAUGAUGUAAUGAGUGAGUGA